AUGGAAUCAUACUUUCAUCUCAAUCCAAAGAAUCGUCCAGUUCGUCAAGAUGAAAAGUUGCGUUUCCCAGCCGAUCUUUACACACCAAGAUGGGUACGUGGAGAUGGUCCUGCUCGCGAAGGCUUUUGUAGCUUAUGCGAAGAAGGAAGUUGGUUACAACUCAAAACAUCACAAUAUUGGUACCAUGUCCGUUUCACUCACGGUGUCAAUUCCAACACUGGCAAGAUCUAUGAUCCUCCCUUGCGCUUGCGUAUUUGUGAUGAUCCAAUGUCAUCUACGUAUGGCUUUUGCGGUGAAUGUCAUCAAUGGAUCCCGAUUUGCACGCCUCGUCGUAAGCGAUGCUUUACACCUUGGUUUAAACAUGCUCAU